GCUUCCGUGUAUUUUCGAGUGUGUUUUAGUUUAGUAUGUACAGAUAAUGAUGUAUAUUUACAGGCACAACUACGCAAACAGAUGUUCACGCACGCCCGUCUACCUCGAGAGGAGUGCCGGGACAAGCCAGCCGACACCGUCCACCUCCUCUGGUCAGGCUGCAAGGGCGGGAAACUCUCGUGGCAGUGGAGCUCCCUCGUCUUCCCGCAUCGCAGCAUCGGAUGGUUGUACUUGCCGGACGUGUCAUAGGCGUUUCGAGGAUCGGUUGUCUCUCUACCGUCAUCAGAUGAUAGAGGGACACCGUAUCCUACCAUCGCAGUCCGGCGGGAGUAUGGAUACCGAUGCUGCUGUUAGUGAGCUCCAACCACGCCCAUGGGGAGAAGGUCCCGCCCCGUGGGUAGACGACAGCACUGGAGAGGUGACGGAGCCCCGGACUCCAGGAAGCCUAUGA